AUGCGCGCAUCAGCAGUCAUCGCAGCAACCGCCGGCAUGGCCGCCAACGUCAACGCCGCCGGCGCGCCUCACCCGUGGAUGGCCCCCGACGGCUCCGCCGUCCGCGGCCCCUGCCCGAUGCUCAACUCCCUGGCCAACCACGGCUACCUCGCCCGCGACGGCAAGGAGAUCAGCAUGCAGAACCUCAUCGACGGCCUCGGCUCCGCGCUGCACUUCAACGAGAGCCUCGUGCGCACCCUCGGCACGCCCGCCUUCGCCACCUCGACCACGGGCAACCCCAACACCUUCAACCUGGACGACAUUGCCAAGCACAACGUCAUCGAGCACGACGGCAGCCUGUCGCGCGCCGACUUCGCCGUGACGGGCGACGCAAAGACCUUCAACGAGACCGUCUGGGCCGAGACCAGGGGGUACCUGGGGUACGUCGAGGACGGCACGUCGGCCGAUGCCACGGUGGACUACAAGAUCAUGGCGGCGGCGCGAAGCAAGCGCAUUGCCACAGCCAAGGCGACGAACCCGUCGUUCAACCUGGCCGCGAACCAGGUCACCGUGUCUUUGGGCGAGUCCGCCGUCAUCCUCGGCACCAUCGGCCAAAGCUACAGCGCGCCUGCUGCGCCGCUGUCGUGGCUGCGGGUCGUCUUCGAGGAGGAGCGUCUGCCGUUCGCCGAGGGAUGGAAGACGUCGGACACGGAGAUCACCACGGCUCAGGUCCUGGGGCUGUCCCAGCUCAUCGCCACCAGCAGCAGCUAA